AUGGACCAAACAGAGACCUUUGUUGGCUCUAUUGAUCAGGGCACGACCAGUACCCGGUUUCUGGUCUUUAAUCGUGAGGGAGAACCUGUCGCAUCACAUCAGGUCGAGUUUAAGCAAAUAUACCCAAACCCGGGGUGGCAUGAGCAUGAUCCGCUUGAACUUGUCUCUUCCGUGGAAACAUGUGUCGAAGAAGCUGUCAAGCAAUUCGAGAUCAGUGGAAACGAUCGGCGGUGCAUUAAGGCGGUGGGUAUCACCAAUCAACGAGAGACUACAGUAGUUUGGGACUAUGAAACGGGCGAACCACUCUAUAAUGCCAUUGUCUGGACGGAUACCCGCUCGCAAGCCGUCGUGGACGAGCUGAAACAGAAACCCGGGGCAUCGCAACUGCAAGAAAUCUGCGGCCUACCGCUUUCCACCUACUCAUCGUCUUCCAAGCUUCUUUGGAUGCUUACAAAUGUUAGCAAGGUUAGAGACUCAUAUGAGAAGGGUACACUAGCCUUCGGUACCGUUGAUUCUUGGCUGGUCUACAGACUCAAUGGCGGAAGCAGAGCCAAUGUGUUUGUCUCUGACUCUACCAAUGCGUCGCGAACAAUGUUCAUGAAUCUCAAAACCCUAGAGUAUGACGACUUCCUAUUAGAUUUCUUCGGGAUUAAAGGACGAGUGCAUCUACCCAAAAUUGUUCCUUCCUCAGAUGCGACAUCCUAUGGGACACUUACCUCGGGGAGUCUGGCAGGUGUCCCCAUCAUGGGAUGCUUAGGAGACCAGUCCUCAGCUCUUGUCGGGCAAAAGGGUUUCUCUCCGGGGUUGGCCAAAAAUACAUACGGCACAGGUUGCUUCCUAUUGUACAAUGUUGGGGACAAGCCGGUGAUCUCCAAACACGGCCUACUCGCAACCAUAGCAUACCAUUUUGACGGGCGACCAGUCUAUGCUCUUGAAGGGAGUAUUGCAGUCGGAGGCUCUGGAGUUAAAUUCCUCCAAAAUAACCUUGAGUUCUUCAAGGAAUCCAAAGAGGUAAAUGAUCUAGCCCUAACAGUUGAAGACAAUGGUGGCUGCGUUUUCGUCACCGCAUUCAGCGGGCUCUACGCUCCAUACUGGAUUGACGAUGCCAAAGGAACCAUCUUUGGAAUCACCCAAUAUACCCAAAAAGGCCAUAUCGCCCGAGCAACACUCGAAGCCACAUGUUUUCAAACCAAGGCAAUCCUCGAUGCUAUGGAGAAAGACAGUGGUCACGCGUUAUCAGAGCUCGCUGUUGACGGCGGAAUGAGCAACUCUGAUCUUUCCAUGCAGGUACAGAAGCUAUCUAGCAACCCCAGCCCCACUUUCAAGCAUAUGCGCCAGCCGAUGCUAACCGCGUUAUUAUCUAUAAAUGUACAGAUCCAAGCCGAUCUCAUCUCCAUCCCUGUAUACCGGCCUAAAAUGCGCGAAACCACCGCCCUUGGCGCUGCAAUAGCCGCAGGCCUAGCUGUAGGGCUCUGGCGCAACUUUGCCGAACUACGCGAUAUCAACCGCGCCGGUGGCACCGUCUUCCGUCCACAGAUGAGCGUAGAUCAGAGUUGCGAGCAGUUUAAACUCUGGGAGAAGGCUGUAGGGAUGUGUAAGGGUUGGGUCGGCGAUAAAGCACAUUCAAAAGACCAAGAUUCCCCGAAACAGACCAACGGGCAUACAGUGGAUCUGAGCAACGGCGGUAGCGGUGUUGUUGAUACAGCGUCCCCCACGAAGACCAUUCCACCGACGAAUACGAAUGGUGAUAUGGUGCUGUCUAAGGCUCCGUGGAUCAAUAUCUCAGGGGACCUGGGAGACGCCGAUGACCAGGAUUUGUUCCUUGAGUUGAGGAAGCUGGAGAUUCUCCAGAGGCUGAAAAGGCUGGGGAAGAUUAAGGUUACUUAUCUUUGA